AUGCUCAACGAUCAGGCACACGAUGCAGGAUUCGCACCUGAGGAGUUAGGACGCGUCUGCGGCGACAAGAACGAGAUAGCCCACGCGGAAAGCAAAAACUACAAGGGGGGUGCACCUGACGAGAAUGAGGACACCACCAUGUCCACUUACGAUGAUAACAUGAUGGAAGAAGCAGACAAUACACAGCAUUGCGACAUGCAUGACGUAUGGAUCACACUUUGCCAAUAUCUCAAUUGCAUGCAGAAAAAAGACUACAUAAAUGAGGAAGACACACAUUCCGAAUUAACGGUGCCACCAAAUCAGUUUUUCAAAACUUCUAACUUUUUUUGUCAUAAGAAUAACUUUUUUUGUGGUGAACAUGAGAAGGAUUAUUCGACUGUUAAUUCGGUGGACGCCAACAAGGCAGGCAGUAUCUUCUGUUGGAGGGCCUCCCAUCAGCGUGGUGAGGAUGCGCCAUGCGGCUCCGCGCAGGGAGGGGAUGACUCCCCUGGGGAGAGAAAUGCUAACCACAUGUCGAGCAUGCAUAACAUUGGCAGCCUCAACAGUAAGAAUGACCCCAUGGGAGGGGAACUCCCAGACGGAGGAGACCCCUCCCACCUGCACAACGCCCAGGAGGAGAAUGAGCAAGGAGAAAAACAAAAAAUAAAUAUACAAAUCAUGAGUGAAGACACACAAGUGAAAAAAAUAAUUUGGGACACCCUGCUGACGGGUGAUGGCAAAAUUGACAGAAACGUCAUCUUCAUACAAUUACGAAAUUUCUCGCAAAAAAUUGAUGAAUAUAUUUCUGACGAGAAAAUUUUCAGAGCGCAAAAGUUAAUCCUACACGUAAAAAAGUACGUAGAGUAUUAUAUUAACUAUUUCAAAAAAAUAAACGACGAAGAAGUUGUUCAAAUGUUAACAAAUUAUUAUGAGGAGAACUGUACUGAUAAAAAUAACAGUUAUAAUGUGAAUAGUUUAAAAGUCCAUAUAAUUUUUUAUUUUUUAAAUUUUUUCCGCUUGCAUGAGAUGUCGAAUGUGCUGCAAGAUUAUUCAUACUAUUUUUAUGUGGACAAGAACAACAGCGUAUCUUCUGACACGAUGAGCAACAGCUUGGACAACAACACUUCGCGCACUCUGGGAGAAGAUGCGAAUAUGAACAGGAAACCUUCUGAGGCUCACUCUGCAGACCACUCCGCUGCCCACUCUGCCGGCCAUUCCGCAGACCACUCCUCUGGCCACUCUGCCGACCACUCCGCUGCCCACUCCGACGAGGGUCUCCCUUGCGGAUCGUCCGCCAUGGGGCUCAGCUUGGACGGCGAGGUGCGCAGUGAGCAGAACGGCGAAGUGAGAAGCGCGCAAAAUGGUGAUGAGAGAAGCUCGCAAAGUGGCGAGGUUAAAAAUGAGGCCCAACUUGAGGACCGACGUGCUGAUCCACGUGAGGAUCGAUUAGAAGAGCCAGCAGACCCAAAGGAGCGCCCAGCGGGCGACCACCCCAACGGCAGCAACCAUGUCGACGAGGAGGAACAAGCAAAACGAGAGAGUCAAGUCAUUGUGGACAAAAUGUAUCACCACCAGUGCAACGGGUCCAGCGUCCUCAGUAGCAGCAAAGUCUCAUUCACGAAGAAAAAUUCCAAAGAAGAAACCAAUAUAAAUACAAAAGGAAGUAAUCGCCAUAUGGUUAAAAUUAUUCAAAAAUAUUCAAGACGAUUUAAAAAUUUUAGGAAAAUGAAACAAAACAAAGAAGGAUGGAUUAAAGAAAAUGAUAAAUAUUUGGAUUUGUGGCACCGAGUGGAUAGUGACAAUAACAUUUCUGUGCAUAUACGAGCGAAGCUUCCCUACGAGGUCAGCAAGAUCCUGUCUAUUAUCAGCGAAACGGAGCUAAGCACCCACUGGGUGCCCUUUCUGACAUCCUCCGCGAAAAUCAAGAGCUUGUCGAAAUCCAGCGCCCUCAUUGCGCAGCUCUACGAGUACCCCAUAAUAGGGAAGAAGGAGUCCCUGAUGUACUGCCUGGGCGCCAACUCGCUGGAAGAGCUCGGCUGCAUAAUCCUCUGCUGCACGUGCCCCCCGGAGCUGAAGAAAGACAUCCAGUUCUACCAAAACAUGUGCGAGCAAAUGAACAUAAACAAAAACGAGGAAAUAUUAAAAGUCAAGGAAACCCCUUUAAAAUUCAGAAAAGUAAAAAGAGAAGUCACUUUUUUUGACUGCCAGUUGCCAGAACCCACCCCCAAAAUAGACAGACAAAGGGCAGCCAAUUUAUGCUUCUUAAUAUACCCAGUGAAUAAUGGAGACUCCACCGUUCUAGAGCUAUUCGUUCAUUUCGAAAAUGAGUUUAAGUACACACCAAUAAAAAUGGUUACUUAUUUUAUUAAAAAAAUUGUGAAAAAUAUGUACGCGAAUAUCAUCAAAGCGUGCAAAAGUUACGACACGAUUUAUGCCGACCGGCUAACCACGAACCAGGAAUUUUAUCUCUGGCUCAAUGACCAAAUUAAGAAGUACACCAAGAGCAAGCACCAGGCCAAGUUCAUUGAUUCGAUAAGUCUCGAGAGCUACCACGAGCCGGAGAACAGUGACCCGAUCUAG